UUCACUCUCACGCGAGGCCUCUGUAUGGCCUCGAAGACACCCCUACAUCUUAGGGUUUCCAACAACAAAGCAUACCUCUGGGAUGUCGAUGAUAUUGCUGUAGUCCGAAACGUCCAUCGCAUCUGCGGUGUCCUCAGUGGAACUCUUCCACAUCUGAGCCAACAGAAUGUUUUCUUGGGGGUCCCUCUGGUCCUUCUAGCGGAAGAGGUGGUUCUACUUGUAGAAAAUGAGGCGGCUGUUCUCGUGGACGAUCCCAAGGCGCACUCAGAUCCGUCUCCGUCCGAUCUGCAGCGCUGGAGCGCCCGAGAGAAAUCUUUGGCUGAACAACAGAUUAACCAGGCCUCACAAGUUCAGAAGGAUCCUACAACGCUCAGCAUGUCCGAUGCCGCCCUCAAGAAACGAAAAGAUCGAGAAGCAAAAAGGGCGGCCGCAGCAGAAGCAGGGGCAGCGGAUCCGUUGAUGAGUAUCACAUCUGAGGUCGCUCCCUCAAGUGCGGUUGCUGCUCAACCCGCAGGCUCAUCCCCAUCCGCGAAUGAUUCGCAAUACACAGUUGUGAUCCCAGCUGAUUCAACAGAAUUCGAAUGGUACAACGACAAGCACUCCGUCUUUACGACUAUCGAAGCAGCAAAGGGGCAGGGAUCUGGGAGUAUCCAUCCACCCUUUACGAAAGAGCCAAAUGCGGUGUAUU